AUGGCACAGCGCUCAGGAAAGAUCACGUUCUACGAGGGCAAGCACUUCACCGGGCGGAAGCUGGAGGUUUUCGGGGAGUGUGACAAUUUUCAGGACCAUGGCUUCAUGAGCAGAGUGAACUCCAUUCGCGUGGAGAGUGGGGCCUGGGUCUGCUUCGACCACCCUGACUUCCGGGGGCAGCAGUUCAUCCUGGAACACGGCGACUACCCUGACUUCCUCCGCUGGAACGGCCACAACGACCACAUGGGCUCCUGCCGGCCUGUAGGGAUGCACGGAGAACACUUCCGCCUGGAAAUCUUCGAGGGCUGCAAUUUCACGGGCCAGUGCAUGGAGUUUGUGGACGACUGCCCCUUCCUGCAGAGCCGGGGCUGGGCCAAGAGCUGUGUCAACGCCAUCAAGGUGUACGGCGAUGGAGCGUGGGUGUUGUACGAGGAGCCCAGCUACCGUGGCCGCAUGUACGUGGUGGAGAGGGGUGACUUCCGCAGCUUCUCCGACUGGGAGGCCCACAGUGCCCGCGUGCAGUCACUCCGCAGGGUGGUCAACUUUUUCUAG